AUGUUCUACAAUAUUAUCAACUCGGAGCGCCGGUCCGGAGAUUUUGCAACAGUCACGAACCCCAGGACACAUAAUGUCCUCUGCGAGGUGACAGUCGGACAUGAGACGGACCUUAAUGACGCAGUGGAGGCUGCAAGGGUGUCGUUUGAAUCAUGGAAGCUCUUGUCUAUCGGGGAAAGACAGAAGUACCUAUUCAAACUAGCCGAUGAACUAGAACAUCGAAGAGAUGAAGUACAGCCUCCUCUAGCAGGGGAGACCGGAAAAUCCAAUACCCUCACAAACAUGGAGAUUGAUGAUACUUUAGCGUUCAUCAGGUUUAAUGCGUCUCAGUCAUUGCCUGAUAAAGUGGAUCACGAAACCGAGACCCUCAAGAUCAUGUCUACCCAUCAUCCUAUAGGAGUGGUGGGUGCGAUUUGCCCAUGGAACUUUCCGCUCGUCUUAGCCGCUGGCAAAAUUUCUGCAGCCCUCGUCAUGGGAAAUUCGGUCAUCAUCAAACCGUCACCAUUCACCCCAUGUGCCGCUUUGAAAUUCGUUGAGCUUGCGACGUCCGUGCUUCCGCGGGGUCUAGUCCAGGCACUCAACGGAGAUAGCGAAAUGGGAAGACUCAUUUCCAUUCAUCCAGGCAUCGACAAGAUUAGUUUUACCGGGUCCAUUGCGACUGGGAAAAAAGUAGCUGAAAGCGCGGCCAAGACUCUGAAACUAGUGACACUCGAACUCGGUGGAAACGAUGCAAGUGUGGUCUGCCCCGAUAUUGAUGUCAAACACGUUGCUGGUAAGGUUGCUACGGGAUCCUUUUUCCAUUCGGGCCAAAUGUGCGUUGCUACGAAAAGGGUUUAUGUGCAUGAGGCUAUUUUCCAAGAAUUCCGGGACACUUUUGUGGAGGCAGUGAAGAACAUCAAAAUCGACCCUUCUGAUGACCAGUCACCUCUGUUUAGUCCCGUCCAAAAUGGGUCACAGUAUAAGGUAGUCAAGGAUCUCAUCGCUGAUUGCAAAGAAAACAACUACACUUUUCUUUGUGGGGGAAAUGACGACGACGAGCAGCCAGGACUCUUCAUCGCACCUAUUGUUGUGGACAGACCACCAGAUGAUUCUCGCAUCGUCCAAAUGGAGCAGUUCGGUCCUAUCAUUCCACUGAUGAUGUGGUCUACUGAGGAUGAAGUGAUCCCAAGGGUCAAUAGGACAUGUACUGGGUUAGGGGCCUGCGUGUGGGCCAAUGAUGUUGGCAAUGCGGAGCGGAUUGCGCGGAAAAUUGAGGCUGGAACAGUAUGGAUCAAUAGCGCCGAAGCCCCCAACCCAUACGGCUACUGCUCUGGCUGGAAGCAGAGUGGUAUUGGGGGCGAGUGGGGAAACCAGGGCUUGAUGUCGUACUCUCACACGCAGAUAAUUCAGCUGUGCAAGUAA